AUGGCACAAGGCCAACUGAAGAAGACCAAGGCUCCUGCCACAAAGCUUACACAGCGCAAGCAAACCGGCAACCGGGUCAUCAAGCCCAAGAAAACCGCUUUGCAAAAGCAGCAGACGAUGAAUAAGAAGCACACAGCCGGUCUUGCGGCCAUGACCGAGAAGUCCUUGGCUGGGAGAGCAGGUCAUCUGGAGUUACUGAGAGGUGGGAAGCGCGAUGGCAGGAUUUCAGCCAAGGGCUUGAAAGAAGGAAGUGGGAAGAAGGAUGCGAAGGCCAAGUGA